AUGCUUUUGGUGUGGAUUCUGGGCUUGUUCCUGCUGGGCACUGUCAGGGGCGCUGAGGUGUGCUAUGAACACCUGGGCUGCUUCUCAGACGACAUUCCCUGGGCGGGCACCACGGAACGGCCCAUCGCCCAGCUGCCCUGGAGCCCGGAGAAGAUCGGCGCCCGCUUCCUGCUCUUCACCGAGCAGAACCCCAACAACCACCAGGAGAUCACAACAAAAGAGGAAGUCCUUCAGGCAUCCAAUUACAAUGGAACCAGGAAGACGCGCUUCAUUAUCCACGGAUACAUAGACAAAGGGGAUGAGAACUGGCUGAUCGAUAUGUGCAAGCUGAUGCUCCAAGUGGAGGACAUCAACUGCAUCUGCGUGGACUGGAAGAAAGGAGGGCGGACGCGCUACACCCAGAGUGCCAAUAACAUCCGCGUGGUCGGGGCGCAGAUCGCCUACAUGAUCCAGCUAUUCAAGACGACCUACGGGCAGAGGGCCGAGACGGUCCAUGUCAUCGGGCACAGUCUGGGGGCGCACUGCGCAGCCGAAGUGGGCCGGCGGACCCCCAACCUGGGCCGCAUUACCGGUUUGGAUCCGGCUGAGCCGUACUUCCAGGGCUGCCCCGCCCUGGUGCGUCUGGACCCCAACGAUGCCAAGUUCGUAGAUGUCAUUCACACAGACGCCCUACCCAUCAUCCCCUAUGUCGGGAUGGGAAUGUCUCAGGCGGUGGGUCAUCUUGACUUCUACCCGAACGGAGGGGAGCACAUGCCCGGAUGCGACAAGAACAUCAUUUCUCAGAUUGUGGACAUCGACGGCAUUUGGGAAGGCACCCGCGACUUCGUGGCCUGCAACCAUCUGCGGUCCUACAAGUACUACAGCGACACCAUCUUAAACCCCGAGGGAUUCACCGGUUACCCGUGCUCUGACAAAGACGUCUUUGAGUCCGGCCGUUGCUUCCCGUGCGCGGACGGGGCGUGCCCCCUCAUGGGUCACCAUGCCGACAAAUUCCACAGGCCGAACGGGGCGGAGAAGAUGAAGUUCUACCUGAACACCGGUGACGCCAAGCCUUUUGGGCGAUAUCGCUACCACGUGACGAUUACGAUCGCAGGUAAACGGGCACUGCUCCUGACUGGGUCUAUGAGUGUGGCCAUAUUCGGGACCCAAGGCAACACCAGACAAUAUCAGAUUCAAAAGGGAAUCCUCAACCCUGGCAGCACCUACGAAGCCUACCUCGACACAGAGGAGGACGUGGGCGAAGCGACCAAAAUGAAGUUUAUUUGGAACAACAGUGUCAUCAACCCCAUGUUCCCCAAGCUGGGCGCGGAGAAGAUCAUCCUGAAACGGGGAAAGGACAGGCACAUUUUCUCAUUCUGUAGCUCUGAGACUGUGCGCGAGGAAGUGCUGCAGACCGUACCUCUGUGCCCAGCUGCGUGA